UUUCACUCUUUCAUAUACUAGGGGAUUUCACUUGGAAAAGAAAAUGCUCCAUACUAAGGGAUUCGGGUCCAUAAUCAUGGGUUCCAAUGUACGAGAUCUUGUAGCACUUACCAAUGAGGCCCUAUCGAUUAGUAUUACACAGAAGAAAUCAAUGCUAGACACUAAUAUAAUUCGAUCUGCUCUUCAUAGACAAACUUGGGAUUUGCGAUCCCAGGUAAGAUCGGUUCAAGAUCAUGGGAUCCUUUUCUAUCAGAUAGGAAGGGCUGUUGCACAAAAUGUAUUUCUAAGUAAUUGCCCCAUAGAUCCUAUAUCGAUCUAUAUGAAGAAGAAAUCAUGUAACGAAGGGGAUUCUUAUUUGUACAAAUGCUACUUCGAACUUGGAACGAGCAUGAAGAAAUUAACGAUACUUCUUUAUCUUUUGAGUUGUUCUGCCGGACCGGUUGCUCAAGACCUUUGGUCUCUACCCAGACCCGAUGAAAAAAAUGGGAUCACUUAUUAUGGGCUUGUUGAGAAUGAUUCUGAUCUAGUUCAUGGCCUAUUAGAACUAGAAGGCGCUCUGGUGGGAUCCUCACGGACAGAAAAAGAUUGCAGUCAGUUUGAUAAUGAUCGAGUGACAUUGCUUCUUCGGCCCGAACCAAGGAGUCCCUUAGAUAUGAUGAAAAAUGGAUCUUGUUCUAUCCUUGAUCAGAGAUUUCUCUAUGAAAAAUACGAAUCGGAGUUUGAAGAAGGGGAAGAAGAAGGAGCCCUCGACCCGCAACAGAUAGAGGAGGAUUUAUUCAAUCACAUAGUUUGGGCUCCUAGAAUAUGGCGCCCUUGGGGCUUUCUAUUUGAUUGUAUCGAAAGGCCCAAUGAAUUAGGAUUUCCCUAUUGGGCCGGGUCAUUUCGGGACAAGCGGAUCAUUUAUGAUGAAGAGGAUGAGCUUCAAGAGAAUGAUUCGGAGUUCUUGCAGAGUGGAACCAUGCAGUACCAGAUACGAGAUAGAUCUUCCAAAGAACAGGGCUUUUUUCGAAUAAGCCAAUUCAUUUGGGAUCCUGCAGAUCCACUCUUUUUCCUAUUCAAAGAUCAGCCCUUUGUCUCUGUGUUUUCACAUCGAGAAUUCUUUGCAGAUGAAGAGAUGUCAAAGGGGCUUCUUACUUCCCAAACAGACCCUCCUACAUCUAUAUAUAAACGCUGGUUUAUCAAGAAUACGCAAGAAAAGCACUUCGAGUUCUUGAUUCAUCGCCAGAGAUGGCUUAGAACCAAUAGUUCAUUAUCUAAUCGAUGUUUCCGCUCGAAGACUCUAUCCGAGAGUUAUCAAUAUUUAUCAAAUCUGUUCCUAUCUAACGGAACGCUAUUGGAUCAAAUGACAAAGGCAUUGUUGAGAAAAAGAUGGCUUUUCCCGGAUGAAAUGAAAAUUGGAUUCAUGGAAUAG